AUAUCACAAAUCACCCCUAAGCAGUAAAAAGGGUUUUCAGGGUCUGAAAGGGUUAAAACACGUAGCUGUUACAAUAACAAAAACGCCUUUUCUGCUUUCUUGGGUGGGGGGAGGAUUGAUGCCUCUGGCUUGCCGUAGUAGUGAUUUUUCCUUAAUAACAGUGGGAAUGUUGAACAGUGGGAGACUCUUGAAGGCGGCAUUGCCAGUGGCAGUGUCUGGCACUCUUUACCUCAUGUCAGGAACAGUUCUUGCUGCCAGUGAUGCUGAGGACAGCCGUCCCUCCCUAAUGGUCGAUGAGCUUUCCCUUUAUACAACACCACAAUCACAAGCCAAGUAUGUGGAGCAAGAAGUUGGCCAUGUGGAGCAGGGUGUAGCAUCACUGAGGAAAUCAGCAGAACCAUACACAUCAUGGUGUCAGGAGAAGAUAUCAUAUGGCAUGGAUAGAGCUGAGGUGUUUUAUAAGACCAUAGAACCUGGUGUUGAUACAUCUAUACAGACUGUAAAAGAAAGCUAUGAAUUUCUAAGUAACCCUCCGCCUGGGUUCUACCCAAGUGUUGGUAUUGUGGGUUUCUCUGGAAUCCUUGGACUUUACCUUGCCAAAAGCUGCAGAGUGAAAAGACUUCUAUACCCCGCUGGCCUGAUGACUCUGAGUGCCUCCCUGUUUUACCCACAGCAUGCAGCCUCUGUGGCAAAGAUAAGCAAAGAUCAGAUAUCCUCCUGGGUUUCACAGGGACCCACAUUUGCGGAGAGUUUGUGGAAGAGAAAAUCUGACAGUAAGGAGAAAUAAACUGAGGCUGAAGCCAGAUCAAAGGUUAAAGAAGACUAAGCAUGAAGUGUUGUAUAUGUUUUCCCCUUAUGCACACUGGCCUCUAAAAUGUACCUUUCAGUCAUAAACAGAAAAAUACCCUGGAGCUGCUUUUAUUAUUGAUACAGUGGUCAAACAUUUACAACACAAGGAGAUCCAGAACAAUCUGUGUACUUUAUGCAAAUGAUCUACAAACCAGGUUCUUGCCAUAUGUGUUUUUGCAACAUAUGUAUGGAGCAGUUUAUCUUGGUGGUGGAAGUCUAAAAAAGCUGAAGUUCAUCUAAUGAAUUUUAAGACGGCCCUGAGGGGUACCUUGCAUGGGUCACACUGAUCUACUACUUGGGGUAGUUCUGACACGUCCUUUAAAACCAAACAACACACACACUCUGUGCAUGAAAUGUGUGAAAGCAAAGCAGAAAUGGAGAAGGUAAAGUGUAUUUACUAUUAAGUAUUAAAAUAUAUUGGACAGUAUUUAUUUUCAGUACAUUUUCCUUGUUUAAAUGUCUCUUACUGUUAAUAUCAUUAUUUGUUUUUUUUUGUGUAAUGUACGUGUAUUUAUAAUUUAUGUAACUAUUCUUAUCAAAUGUGUUGUUUCAGUGCACCAGUGGAAAUUUCCAUAGAAAAGUUCUAAUAAAAUCACACUGAGCAAUUUUUUUA